UCCGCAUUUCCAAGAUGGCGGCAUUUUUUUGUUAGGCUAUCUGAACAAUGUGUUUAUAUGCUUUUGGUUACUGUACUAAGCUAUAAAAUAAGUUGUUUACAAUUUUUUAAUUAAUAAUGACGGAUGAGCUUAUUUUCUUUUAAUUUUUAGCUUGAGAAGCCUUUGUCGAUAUUCUUAAACUUGUUCGUGAAGAAAAAUGGAAGACAUUGGCUCAGCUUUAGUCAAAGAAGGCUGGCACCUUUCAGAGGAGGGAAUGGAAACAUGUAUUAGCACCUUAGAGAAACCUUCUCUCCAUGAGAUCAUCAACUUUCUGCUUAAUAGUGACCUGAGACCGAUUGGCAAGAAAAUUCUCCCUACUGAUAUCAAUAGUGGGAGAGUUGAAAAGUUGGAAGGCCCAUUUGUCCUCCAGGUGCUGAAGCUCAGGAAUGUGGCGGCUCCAAAAGACAAUGAGGAGUCCCAUGCUGCCCCACGCAUGCUGCGUGUGCACAUGACAGAUGGUCACACCAGCUGCGUGGGGAUUGAGCUCAAACACAUGACCAAAAUCAGUCUGAACACUCCUCCUGGAACUAAAGUGAAGCUCCUUGGCCCAGUGACUCUGAAGAAUGGCUUCUUGCUGCUGGAUGAUUCCAAAAUUGUUGUUCUUGGCGGAGAAGUUGAUCACAUGAUUCAAAAAUGGGAGUUGCAAAGAAGUUUGGCAAAACACAGCAGGAGUAAUGUUGGUGCCGAAGGGGGCCCGCCUCCCUUCCUUCCUUUUGGAAAGAAACAUGUUUCUAAAGAUCAAGUGGACAGCAAAGAGCUGGACCAGAGGAAGACACUGCAAGUCACCAACUCUGUUAAGACUGCUGAUGAGAAUGAUGAGUUUGAGAAGCAAAGGAUUGCGACCAUUGCAGAGAUAGCAAAGAACAAAGAGCCUCGGACAUUCGGUGGUGGGGGCAAUGCAGGCAGCAAUCUCACCAACCCUGGCUCUACACAUAAGGCUCGAGAAUUCUACCAGAAGAAGCGUGAUGAGAAGCCUGACAGUCAGCCAGAAGGAGUCUACCGAGAGCUGGUGGAUGAGCGAGCCCUUAAAGAUAUCAUGGAAAUGGGCUUCAGCAAAGAUGCUGCACGACAGGCCCUCUUGGACAACAAUAAUAAAAUGGAGCCAGCACUCAACUCCCUGCUGUCCACUGACAAGCCCAGCCCUGCUCCCGCAGAGUUUAGCCGACCACCACCCAGAGCGAAGGGGAGGGGGCGAGGAAGAUCCAGGAUAGAGGAAGAUGACAUUGCAGGAGGAAGGCCUUCUGGCCCCAGCACGUUGUUUGAUUUCCUGGAAUCAAAAAUGAGUGCGUUUUCGGUUCAAGAGCCAAAGAGCCAGGCUUCCCAGAAGUAUGAGGAUCCACAGACCAAAAUAGUAUUCCCAAACAAAGACCAGGCCCACUCCCGAUACCCUCCACGAAACGAAGGGCGGCAGCAGAGGAAUGAGAAGCCCCCUCGCUUCCUGAAGGACAGUGACUUUCCCAGGCCCACAGCGGACCCACCUGCUCCCGGCCAAAGAUACCAGUGGGGACCAGAGAGGACCAUCAUUGACAACCAGGUUAGAUGGCAUGAUGAGGGAAGGAAGGGGAGCGACGUGUUUCUGGGAAACCCACGAUUGAAGGACCAGGCCACUCGCACGGAUUCCACACAAGCAUCCAGGGGUAAUGCAGUUUCUGUAAGAUCCCAGCAAGAAGCAGACCCACUUUUAAAGAAAGGACCUCAAGAAAAUGGCACACACUCUAGGCCUGACAGCAAGCCCGACAUAAAGAAGAGGAGGGGGAAGGUUGACAGGCCAAACCCUGAUGCUAAUAACCGAAAGCCCAGUUCUGAGGGAGCUCAGAAUUGUCCCAAUCCACGGGGGAACAGGGAUACUUUGGGAACACAAGAUUUAGCUGGGGUCCAGAUCACUACAAAUCAACAGGUACAGAAUGGAACCUCGCAACGCAAACGAACUGGACCUAUUAAACAGAACUUCAGCACAAUGUCAGGCACUCAUGGAGCAAAUAACUGGAAGUCAGGAGACCAGUGCCUUGCACUCUACUGGGAAGAUAAUAAGUUCUACCAUGCCCAAAUCAAUGCUGUACACCAUUCUGGGUCAACUGCUGUAGUUGUGUUUACCGAUUAUGGGAACUGUGAAGAGGUUCUUCUUGAAAACAUCAAACCUGUGCCGAAACACUCAAGGGAUGAAGAUGUUUCAUGUGCAACUUCCCUGGAGUAUCGGCGAGGAGGCGAUGGUCAACCUAGACGCACACGGCCAACUCAAUCGUACUACCAACCACCUCGAGCUAAAGACUGAGUCAGACAAGCCUGAGAAAAAGAAAGAUCAGUUGUAUGCAUUUUUUUUCCCAUAAAAUGACUGAACUGAAAUGGGUUCAUGUAGGAUCUCGAUUUCAAAAGUCAUAUAUGUGUGUGCGCGUGUGUGCGUGUGUGCGUGUGCGCGCUGUCUAAAACCUCCAUUUAAAAGGGCUGUCAUUUGGAAAAUGACUGGCAAAUGCACUAAGACCUCUAAGUAUCAUCAAAGUCAAUAAAUUGUGGUGAUAAUAAUGGUUUAACAGUUUUACGUUUGUUUUCUUCACAAAUUUUAAUGAGGGCUACAAAGCAAAAGGCAAUUCCAAUGCAAUAAAGCAGUGGUUCUCAAUCUUUUUUGCACCGCAACCCAUUUUUUACCAUGCCAGCUUAGUCAUGACCCUCUAUCAUGUAUAGGUUUAAAAUAUCACUAUGAUCAAGCAUGUAGUACACUCUGCAAUUUGCACGAAUCAAUGGCUAUCGCACAAAUCUGAUUGGAUGUGCCAGUACGUUUUAAAUUAAGCACGUGUGGUUUGACUUCUUGGGUUGGUUGUGUUCACUAGUUGUAGUAAGCAUUUCGAGGUGGAAAAUCAGAGGGUGAUUCAGCCUAGGAGCGUGCUGGUUUUAAAAUGCUUACAUUUCCAACCCUUUCAGAACUUACUGCGACCCAAACUUGGGUCGCAACCCAUAGGUUGAGAAUCACUGCAAUAGAGUAUCUUUACAGGUUAUAAAUUAACUCUGAUGAUUGCUUAAGAAAAGCAUUUAUGGAAAUGUCAUAUAUGCAAAACAAAUUACAUUUCUUUGGAGAGCAAGUCUCUGCACCAUGAUAAGAAAUUGUAAUUGAUUCUGCUGUCCACCUCAAGACUUAAUUGCCUGUUACACAAAGCAAGGUGGUGCUUGCUUGCUUAUUUUUGUAAAUAAAUAAAUCAGCACUGAG